AUGGCCAAGAGUCUGUUUUCAGUUCCGAUCUUCUUGAUUUGUUUUCGUGAGGUCUUGGAAGCCGCUAUCAUCCUAUCCGUCCUUCUUGCUCUCGUCGAGCAAAUCGUCAAGCGUGACUCGGAUCGAGAUGCGCUCGACCCUGUUCACACCUCAUCCGAAGGUACACAACCCGAAUAUGACAAUAAACUCGUGAAACGGAUGAGACUUCAGAUUUUCUCCGGUACAUUUGUUGGCCUCUUCAUCUCCGUCUGUAUCGGUGCCACCUUUUUGGCAAUAUACUAUACGCAGCUCAAUGACAUUUACGGAAACUCGGAAGAGCUAUGGGAGGGUAUUUUCUCAAUUGUGGCCUGUUGCAUGAUAUUCAUCAUGGGAAUCACAAUGAUGCGUAUGGAUCGAGCUAAAGUUAAAUGGCGUCUACAACUUUCUAAAGCUUUUGAUCAAGGUUGUCUUUCAAAUUCUGAUCAAGAUAAGCUAAUCAAGCCUAGAAAAAUCGAUCUUAUCAAAUCAAUCUUUGCUCUUGGUACUGAGAAUGAGGAUAGUUCAACCCGUUCAAGUAAAUAUCUUUUAUUCUUCUUACCUACAGCAACCGUCUUACGUGAAGGAUUAGAAGCUGUAGUCUUCAUUGGUGGGGUUUCCCUUGGACAACCUGCUAGUUCAAUUCCUAUCGCAGCGGUGACUGGAAUUGGUUUGGGUAUGAUCAUCGGUUAUGUGAUCUAUAGCUCUUCAGCUCGACUCAACCUGAGCAUCUUCCUCAUCGUCUCAACAAUCGCUUUGAUGUAUAUCGGAGCUGGCUUGAUCACCAAAGCCACAUGGUACUUCAUCAUGCAUCGAUACAUUCAGGCAGUCGGUGGUGAUGCCGCCGAAGCCGGCGAUGGGCCAGGCUCCUUUCCAGUAGAUGGACUACUUUGGCACCUCGAUUAUGGUAACCCUGAAAACAAAUUAGCAGCCGGUGGAUGGACCAUCUUCUCGGGUGUUUUGGGCUGGAACAACACCGGCACAAUUGCUACGGUUUUGAUCUAUAUUGCCUUUUGGCUCUUGGUCUCGAUCACCCUAGUGUAUAUGAAAUGGAAAGAAGGACGUUGUACGAUCUUCAAUUUCUCUUCUCAGGCUCGUAAACGA